GUCCGAAGGUACGCGCAUUGGUGUGCGACACGACGACGGUCGUCGCACCCUGCGCCACAUCGCCCUAGGACGCGGUGGCGGCGGCGGAGGCGGGUUCGGUUGCGUGCAGUUGGGGGUUGCUGUCCGCGUCACCGCGCAUGCAAUGCGUAUGACGAGCCGGACUCGCAGCGGCGGCGGUGGCGUUGGUUAUCCAACGGGCAUCGACGCAGGAAGCUCAGUGACCCCUGGGUCGCGAGGACAGCAGCAGCUUGGGGGUUCCCAUCACUCGUCCUCGCUGCUGGUGCGUACCUUGGAUUUGGGAACUGUAACAGUGGAUUUGGAACGGGUGCUGCAACCCCACCAGCCGCUACCGCCAUCGCUGCUGCCGCGGUUACCCCCGCAGCAGCAGCAGCUCCCGGUGACAGCCAUUGGAACAGAGGCUACCGCCGCCGCCGCCGCCUCAACAACCCCAGUGGUCCCGGGUCACUUGCUUGCGCACAAAAGGGAGUUGCUGCUGCUCGCGACGAAUGCGGCGACGGCGGCAUCAUCGGGGGUGACGGGUAGUGGACCCAGUGGUGGUGGUGGCGGCAGUGGUGUUGGCAGCGAGGGGCAGCCCGGUGCGGCUGCUGCGGCAGCAUGGUGUUUCGGUGCCCAAAGGGGUUUCGGAGGGUUUACAUCGCCGCGACAGUGGCAGCAGCAGCAGCAGCAGGAACAUGGAAGGGAAGAAGGAGCAGAUGGAGAGGGGGCGGUUUUGCGGUUGGGGCGGUUGGGGUUGUACGGCGACUUGGCCGCUCGACUGGCGGCGUUGCCGGGCUUCACCGUACAACCGAAAGGAGCUGCCUUGGAAGGGGACCUGAAGCGACAUCAUCAGCAGCAACAGCAGCAGCGGCAGCAGCAGGAGCAGCGGCCCGGAUGUAAGGAAGAGCCGUACCCUCCCCAGCAGCAGCAACCAGAGCAGGGGCGGCGGCAUCACGAGCAGCAGCAACAGCAGCCUGUAUGUGGCCUGAUUUGGCAAGGGCCCCUGGGAGGGCGCUGCGGUGCCACGUUACGGCCGUACGGCAAGUACGGUUGCGAGGUGGAACUGUCGUACAUUGACGGCGGCAGCGGCGAAGGUUCUGCCUCCUCCUCCUUCUCCUCAGCAGCAGCUAUUUACCAAGGUCUUGCGAUAGACCAGGCGGAACAGCAGGUGGUGGCGGUUGCGGCGGAGUGCUGCCGGCAGGUGGGUCGGCGUCUCGUCGUGCACCGCCCCCACCCGCUCUCCGCCCCCGCCUGCCUGGCCCCACUGGACAGCGCCCUCGCCGCCCUGCAGCGCUGUGUGGAGGGCAGCCUGGGGCUGCUGGAGGGGGCGCUGCUGGCGCAACACCGGGGCCGCCAGCAACAAGAACAGCAGGAACAAAUGCAGCGGCAGCAACAAGUGCAGCAGCAGGAACAGCAGCGGCAACAGCAGCAGUACGGAAAGCCAACCGCGAAGCAGCCGCAGCAGCAGCCUCGACCGGCUUUGCUGCAGAAGCAGCAGGUGGUAGGAGGAGCUAAAGAGGCAGCAGGAGGGCAGCAGCAUGACUGCAGCAGCAGAGCCGGAGCUGCUGCCGCUGUGCCUGACCUCCAGGCAGCGCUCCAGGAGGUGUUGCAGCUGCAGCUGCAGCUGAGCGCCGCAAUGGAGGGCCUUAUGCCCCUGACACAGUGAGCCAGCCACCUCAGUGUCAGGAGAGCGGAGGAGGGGGAAAGUUAUAGAUAAGUGCAUCAACGGAGUCCCAAUGCCGAGCCCCGACUUAUGCCGAGGAGAGGAGGGGUCUAGGACCCCCCGCACGAGUGAGACGGUCGCUCGGCAGCAUGGGGCCCAUGCAUGGGAGCCAUGCAUGGGGGUGAUGCAUUGGUUUGAUGCAUGGGGGCCAUGCAUGGGGGCCAAUGCAUGGGGGUGAUGCAUUGGUUUGAUGCAUGGGGGCCAUGCAUGGGGGCCAAUGCAUCACCCCGGCAUCAUUAUGGUCUCCAUGAUGCAGGGUGCAGGGGCUUCCUGCUUCCCAGGACGUCCGUCCGCAUGCGCAUUACAAGGAGGGAUGCUGGAGUUUGCAUGGGCUCCUGCUUUUGCCUGACUGUGACACUACUUCAGUCAUGGAAGUCGAGCCAAAGGUGACCCCCAAGGUUGCCAUAAGCAAAUUUUGACGGCCGCGGUUUUUUUUAACUCGCGUACCUGCACUAUCUCCUUUCAGACCUAUAGCUUGGAAGGUUUUUGUCGUACCGCAUUAGCAUUAGAAGUCAGGGUGACUUCAGAUGGGC